AUGAGUUCCAGUCACACCGGUAUCACCGAGGAGGUGCUCACCUACAAGCCACCUCACCCGCCAGUCAAAGAAUUUGAACCUGCAACGGAUCGUGCCUUUUUUGCUGAUCCUGAAAAAAAGUCCCUGUUGGCUGCCGCACAGAAGGUCCGAAACCUGACUCCAUACAUUGGAACCGAGCUCGUUGGUAUACAAAUCAGCCAAUUGACGGAUGCUCAAAAAGAUGAGCUUGCGUUGCUGGUGGCCGAGAGAGGCGUCGUGUUCUUCAGGAACCAAGACAUCACCCUUGACCAGCAAUACGAAUUGACCACGCAUUAUGGCAUCCAAGACAGAGAUCCAAAUCAAGUGGACCCUCGACAUGUCACAAUCCUUGGCCGCAACAACGACAUUCGAGCGUAUGCCGACUUUGCAGGAGAAUAUCACUCGGACCACUCGUUCGAAGCAAACCCACCGGCUUAUACCAUGUUGCGAAUGAUCAAAACUCCGGAUGCUGGCGGUGACACCAUUUUCACAAGUCAAACGGCACUUUUUGAUAAGCUGAGUCCAACUUUUCAGAAUUUGUUUGAGGGGCUCCACGGCGUUCACAGCUCUGAGCAUGUGUUCGUGAAUUCCGUCAACGGUGGCAAUAAGCCAUUCCGACCGCCAGUGCGUCGCGAACAUCCAUUGGUUCGCACGCAUCCGGUGACAAAGCUGAAGUCACUCUUCUACAAUCCAGCUUUCGUGAUCCACAUUUCAGAGCUCAAGGGCCAGGAAAGCAUCCACACAUUGGGCUUCCUGCGUGAGCAUCUCCAUGCAGCUGAUGAUUUGACUGUCCGGUGGAAAUGGGAGCCUGGCAGUGUCGCUUUUUGGGACAACCGAGUCGUCGUGCACCGUGCGAUACCUGGAGGAUAUGAUCCAUCGACCCGAGAGGGUAAAAGAACAGCCAUUUACGGAGAAAAGCCUUUCUUCGACCCGUCAGGCGAGACAUUGAGCCAGCGUAUCGAGCGCCUUGGUGGUGAAGCUGCCAAGGGAGAGAUCGUGAAGCUCCAUUUUAACAGCCCUCAGCUGUGA